AUGUUAUUUCAAUUGUGUGAAGCACAAUCUCCUGUUAAGUUCUCUAUUGAUAAGACCAACAAAUGCCGUUACCGUAGACCUCUGCAUUUGUUAGAUAUGAUGUAUCAUAUGAUUGUUAAUGUCCCAGGUCCUGCCGUGUCCGGAUGCUUAGUAAAUGGUCCCAUUCAACUCGUGCCAACUUAUACAGAAUUCAGGAACUCAUCGACCUCUUCAUCCUCGUCCUUCUCGACUGAUAAUGAAGAUCCAGAAGUGGCUCACAAUAAUUUGGAAACACUCUUGGACUUGGUGGAGACCAUUGGUCCUAAGCAUACCCAGCGAUUUCUUAGCCCUGUUAAGUUUGUAUCGAGUAUUCCAUGGUCAAUUGACAGAAAAGGCAACCUGGGUACUGGAGAGCAAAAUUCAGAACAUGAUGAAAUAGAAAUUCCGUCGGUAUCUCAUCUCUGGCGCUAUGCUAAAGUGCAAUGCAAACCCUUCAUUGGGAGCAUUCAAGAGAUCAAGUUCGUGGAAGAGGAAGCCGCUUUGUACCUUCCUGUAAUGAAUUUGAACGCGAGCUCAGAAGUGAUAAUGAGGAAUCUGGUGGCCUACGAGGCUGCUAUGUGUAAGUCAACCCUUAAAUUUGCUCGAUACGUCAACCUCAUGAAUGGGAUUAUAGACACCGCAGAAGACGUGAAGCUGCUGAAGCAAAAUGGGGUGAUCAAGGGGGUUCUCACGGAUGGGGAAAUUGCUGAUCAAUUCAACGGUAUGCAGAGAUGUUAUGCCGGCUCAGAUCACAAGUCUAACAUCGAGGUUGCCGUUGAGAAAGUUAACAAAUUCUACGGCAAGAAGCUUUUGAUCAGGACGGUUAGAGGGUUGAAGAAGAAUUUGUAUGCUUCAUGGAAAUGUCUGGCCCUGGUUUCCACUGUGGUGCUGCUUGUCGUGCUUAGCUUGCAGACCUUUUGCGAAUUCUAUCAGUGCAGCAAAAUCUGGAACUUCCACCAGGAACCAUCAUGA